AUUGUAAAAACACUUAAGGUACUACAGGAUUUGGAUAUAUCGCUGGAUAUUCUAGUGGAAACUGGCAUAGGCAAAACAGUUAACAGUUUUAGGAAACAUGCCACUGCUGGGAAUGUAGCUAAAGCUCUGGUAAAACAAUGGAAAAAACUUAUUCCUCCAGAAAAUAAAAGUGGUCACAGAGGAAGAAAACAAAAUACUGAAAAAGAUGAGACAAAAUCUUCUAUUUCAAAGGAGACUAAGUCUUCAGGGAAGUCAAAAGCAUCUGUACUGGCUUCCAGAAGUUCCAAUAGUGCUCCUGUUUCUAAAAAGUUGAAGCAUACUGAGCGUACUUGUAAUAAAAAGACCCACCAAAGUAGAGAUUCUGUGUCUCAAAAAGAAUGUGAUAAUAAAGAGUGUAGCAGCAGUGGUUCUAAGCAUGCUUCCAAGGGUACCAAUCCUCAAGCUAAAGAAAGUGACUUCAAAGAGAGAACCUCCACAGACGGCAAGAAAGUUUCAGAAAAGCGGCAUUCUUCUGUAGCCAGUAAAGACUUAUCACCCCUGAAGGAAAAGCCUAGUAAGGAUGCUUCCAAACAGAGAAAUCCUGAGCAUGUGAAGAAACCAAAACAAAAAAUUGGUUUAGAAAGCAAAGCAGAAUUAUCUAGUGAUGAGGAAUUUGAGCCCCCUACUAUGUCUUUUGAAUCUUAUCUUAAUUAUGAUCAGGUUAACAAAAACAGGAAGAGAAAGGCUAGUUCUACAGGUGAACGGCCAAAGAAGUGCAGUGAACAGAAGAACAGCUCAUCACCACGAAAGACUUCAAAAUUUUCUGAUGGAAAAGAGGGAGAGGAAGGUGCAAAAAAAUGUGAGGGUGAUCAGUCAGAAACUCCCAAUAAAAAGGCCAAGGUGGCAUCCCUCCAAGAUCUUCUUAAUACUCCACUGCCUAAAUUUCUGACAGGCAUCUCAAUCUCAUCUCCCCCAUAUGCUGCAGACUUUAAAGCUCCCCUGGCACCUGUUGUGGAAGCACCCCAGCAAGUCAGUGAGACGGUUCAAUUCACAGGACGGAGAUUGAAUUCUAAGAUGCAAGUGUACUCUGGCUCUAAAACAGCCCAUCUUUCAAAGAUGCUUACGCUGUAUGAACAGUGCAUUCGUGUGCUUCAAAAUAAUAUUGAUUCACUACAUCAAGUAGGAGGUGUGCCCUUUGAAAUUCUUGAGCCUGUGCUAACACGUUGCACACCAGAGCAGUUGUUUCGAAUAGAGGAAUGUAAUCCGAGAUUUACAGAAGAAUCUGACCACUUGUGGAAGAAACACUGCCAGAGAGAUUUUAAAAAUGAGAGCCUCCUGGAAUAUGAAUCUUGGCGUGAAAUGUACUUGAGACUGUUUAAUCAGAGAGAAGAAAAACUGAAGAUACUUACAAAAAAUAUUCUUUCAGCUCAGUCUGAGAAACCAAAAGGCAGGCAAGUAAAACUGGCUUACAUGACCAGUGCAGCAAAACCACCCAGGAACAUUCGCCGACAGCAACAAAUCCAUGGGACAGCGGGACCUGUCACCCAACUUCAUCCCAUAGAGAAGUACAAAACAAGGAUUCCAGAAAGCAGAGACAGAAAUAACACAUCAUCAAAUCCGAUCCCUGCUAGCAAUAGUGGAGGUUCUAGCUCAAGCAUAAUAACUCGAGAUGGAAAGAAGCCUAUGAAAAAAAUUGCACCAAUCAUGAGGAAAACUUUGAAAGCAUUGAGGAGUAGAGCUGGACGACGGUAA